AUGGAGAAGCAGCUGAGAUGUAGGAGGGUUCUUAAUCAUUCUUUGAGGAAGUACAGAGUUGGGGUCAAGCAGGGGAGGAUUGGAGGGCUGGGGAAUAGGUGAAGGAAUAGCAGUGGGAGAUUUAUGAAUAGAUCAGCCUUUAGAUCAAAACCAGGAACUGCUGGAGCAAAAACACGUACUAGAGGGCUAAACAUUGAAAAAUAUGGAAACUCAUCGAAACAAAGAACUCAUAAUUCUCUAUUCGGGAACUCCAUCAUUUGCAGUCCAUUUCCUAGUACAAAAUAAAUCUGUUCAAGGUCGUAGGAUUUUAUCAGGGCACUCUAAGAGACCUCGGUCCAAACGGGUAAAGACGUGUAAGGCCAAGGUCAGAAGAGGUGUUAAUCAGGGCUCUCUGACAACACACCAGGCUUGUUCACAAGUGUUUGGGUCUGCCAAAAUUUCUCGGGAUCAUUCCAGGAAAUAUUUAAACCUUAGCCACAGCCACCAGGCUCAGACUGCGAAGGCAGGCAAGUUUAGUAGUAAAGAUAGAAAUUUUGGGGUCAAACCAUUUGAAAGUUAUUUUAGUUCAAGUCCUUCACGAAGAAGAAUGCAAAAGAGGAUAUUAACCCAGCAUAAUUCAAUUGAGAGCGACUUGUCCUGCUUUACAAUGAAGGAAAAUAAUGAAACGAACCAAUGAAUCCAGAGAUGGAAGCAUUUGGAGAAUAAUGAUAAGACAAUCAUCCAGAAUCGCUUGGUGAUGCAACAGAACUGUACUGAUAUGAUCAGAAAGACCACUAAGCAAAUCAAAUAAUAUGACUUAUAAGCUCUGCACAGUUGUAGCUGACGGGGAAUAUCACAUGACUCUAGCUCCUAACACCCUUGAAGAGGUUGAAAUUAUGGAAGAUACUCCUGUAUACUGAAAAAUGUAUUGUAAAGGUUUCCCAAGCCCUGCAAAGAUAGUCAUCAAGUAUAUAUCAAAAAGUGAUCUUACAGUUUUUACUUCUUUUACUCGCACAAUGCCAGAUAAGAAUCAUUGCGAUAGCUUGUACACAAAGCCUAAUAAAUUUUAUAUCCAAGCGAAGGACCAAAGCAGACUAGCUAACCAGCUGAGCCAGGCUCCUUUUACCAGUCCUUUAACAUUGAAAAAUUUCCCAAACGAGUUUAUAUAUCUGUCACUCUACUCUUUAAAAGGUUGAACAGUGAAAAUAUCAAUGAGCUUUCCUGAUCACAACCCAGCAAGAAGGCUUUCCCUGGCAACUGGAGGGCAAGAUGAAAACUAUAGUGAAAACGAAGCAGAAGUAAAAGAAAGAGAAAAGCAAGAAAGGAUAAUGAGCCAACUUAAAAAAUAGAGUUAUCGAAGAGCCUGUUGGAGACCAUCUUAUACAGAAGAAUAAAGAUCAUGCCAAAUUCUGGCCUCAAAUUAAGAGCAGGAGUAUUCGUGAAAGGAAGAGUACAUUUACAGAAAGAGCAAGAAGAUAUAACCAGCAAAAAUAAAAUGCUAAUAAAAGAGCAUAUGGAGAAGAGCAAAAUAUACCUUCAGCGCUGGGAAGUCAUGAAGCAAAAGCAGAAAGAACAACAGAGAGUCAUGAGAAAAAUUGAAAAUCAGAAUCAGUUUAAGAAGAUCUGGAUUGUUUUUGUGCAGCAACACAAAGCUGUUAAGCUUAUGUUUGAUGAACUCUUCCGGUUAUAAAAGAGCAAAGGAUUAUUGAAAAGAAGAAAUAUUUUUAUGGCACUAAACUAUACAUAAAAAUACAAAAUUCUCUUGCUAAACAAAGUAUUUAUUCAGAUCAGAGGAUGCUAUAUCAGGCUAUUUAUAGUAUGGACUUCUUCGCUCAGGCUAAUCUCAAUAUAAUACAGGCAAGAGCAAAGAGGGUAUUUAAGGACUUUAUUUUGUCUUCUUCAAAUCAUUUACAUGUGAAAUCAAAAUUCUUGCAUUUUAGUAAAACUAUUUCAUCCCUCCAGAGUCGGUGGCUAAAAAUAAAGGAGAAAUAAAAAGGACAGAAUGAAGCUCUUGCUCUUCAAGUACGAGUUAGAGUUAGAGAACAUGAUAGAUUAUUGCAAUGAGUCCAAGAGUAAGAAGAGUAGGGCCCUUCUUAGAAAAUUGGAGAACAUCAAGCCUGAAGUUAAGCAAAAUAUGUUGGAACUAUAUUACACAAAAGUCCGAACUCUUUAUGCAGCAAGGUUUUAUGAGUGGAGAAAGUUCCAACUUGCCAAGAAAGAUCUGCCCUUUGAAAAUACACAGAAGAUGGAGAAGAAAAUUGAACAAGUGAAGAAGAUCCAUUCUUAUAUUUAUGAAGGAAUAGACCCCUCUGUAUUGAUUAGUAGUAAACGGCUCCAUCUCAACCAACCCUGAGAUGAUGGAGAAAUGAGCGUAAAGAAAAAGAAGCCAAAAACUUUUAAAUCUAUGAUUAAGAAGAGUAUGGGUAGUUUCCAGUAUAAGAGAGAUCAAGAUAUUAUCCUUAAUCUUCCGACACCUCCAUUUUUCUUAUAUAUACCACAAACACAAGAGAUGCAGUUGCUGAUUAAAAAAUGCUGAAUGGUCAAAUCUGUGGAUGAUAUCGAAGAUUUAUAACUUAUUUAAAGAGAAAAAGCAAUAGAUAAUUGCCCAUCUU